AAUCAUGACUUUUUGAUUUUGCUUAUAAUACAGAAAUUCUACGGUAUAAGGUUUCAGGUCAUGUGAAUUUAUUUCUUUCAUCUAACUGCUUAAAAUCAACUUUUUACUGUCUUACGGUACUUUUUGAGUUUAUGAAAUUUCGAUCUGUAUGUUUGCUAGGUUGCCAAAAGACUGGAAUAAUAGGAGGAAGUAGAUAGAAAAUGGGUAGAGGUUAUAGUUAUAGCCCCAGCCCUCCAAGGGGUUACAGCAGGAGGCGUCGAAGCCCAAGCCCAAGAGGCCACUACAGGAGUCGUGCAAGAGACCUUCCUACUAGCCUCUUGGUCCGCAACCUUCGGCAUGAUUGCAGGUCUGAGGAUCUUCAUGCUCGAUUUGGGGAGUUUGGGCCUCUUAAGGACGUUUAUCUCCCACGUGACUAUUACACUGGGGAGCCACGGGGCUUUGGUUUUGUGCAGUAUGUAGACCCUGCUGAUGCUGAAGAAGCCAAAUAUCAGAUGGAUGGGCAGAUUCUUCUGGGGCGAGAGUUGACUGUUUUAUUUGCAGAGGAAAACAGGAAGAAGCCCUCUGAGAUGAGGGCCAGAGAACGAAUAAGUCGGAGAAGGUCCCCACUCGGUUAUUCUCGAUCACCUCGCUAUGCACGGACAUAUUCCCGCUCACCAAUUUAUGCUCGAACUUACUCCCGAGGGCCUGAUUACUAUUCUCCAUCUCCAAGAGGAAGACGCUACUCAAGGUCCAUUUCACCUCGAGAUGCAAGGUAUAGAAAGAGGUCGUACCCUAGGUCUCCUUAUGGCUCAAGGAGCCGAAGUCGAAGCCCAAUCAGGAGCAGGAGCUGGAGUCUUGAUUCUAGCAGGAGCCCUGAUGACUACUGAAGAUGCAUAUUAAUAGUUGUUGGGCCUGUCUUUGUAAUGGUGGUCUGUGUGGUACCUGUAUAAUUUUAGUGGGUUUGUAUGGGACUCUCCCUAGAAGACUUGGAUGUUAACCUUAGAUGUGUGGUAGUGUGCAUGUUUUGUUGAACCCUAUGGUAAUUGGUAAUUUCUUUUUAAAUGAUGGCUGAUGUUCUUUUA